AUGGCGGCGGUCGAGGGCAAGAUAUCUAUCGACCUUCAGGUUGUGAACACACGUCUGAAGGAGUUGUUAACGCCUGAGCCAGUGAAUGGGAAGGACACACAAAUCAUAACCCAAAAAGAAGAGUAG